GCUGCCGAUGUCUCGGGCCGUGCUGUUGGAUCUGCUCCACGGCUCCUGCCCGUCGUGUGCCGGCUCGGCUCUGGGGGAACAUCUCGGGUCGGACUCUCGUGUCUUUCUGCUUUACGGGAAACUGCACCGCGAGGAAAACGGCGGUCCUGACGGGCUGCUGGGCUCCUGUGGGAGCGCGCGUGUCCUGGACUCCGGCUCCACCGCGGAGUGUCUGUACCGCUUCAAGCAGACUGUGGACGAGCUGGACCUGAGCUCGGUCACGGUAUACACGACCCCGCGGGGCCGAAGGGUGCUGCUUCUGUACCAGGAGCAGCUUUUCACGGACGUCUACACGUUCGACUAUGAGGUGAGGUCAGUGGACGAACCCACCUGUCCGAGCUGCACAGGGUCCGCCCCCACGGAACCACCUGCUGAAGAGGUCCGCAGAGACGUGUCCCGGUUCCUGCAGCAGCUUCCUGCGCUGAAAGGAGCGAUCAGAGUCCUGAGGUCCACGCUGAUCCCAGAAGCGUUCGGUCACGGCUUCAGUACCCGGACGGGCGGCGUCUCCUACAUCCCGACGCUGUCCUCCCUGAACCUGUUCGCCAGCUGCAGGCGGAGGGACCCGGGGGCCGUGGUGGCGGAGAACAGGCGCAGGCUGGCCCUGCAUGCCGGCUUCCACCCUGAGCCGCUGCGUCUGGUCAAGGUGAACCACGCCAGCGACGUGUGGCUGUUGGGCCAGGCUGAGCCCGAGAGCUACGACGGGAUGGUGACCGACCAGGCCGGCCUGGUUCUAGCAGCUCCGGGAGCCGACUGCAUGCCCGUCCUGUUCGCUGACCCGGUGUUAAAGGUGAUCGGAGCCGCCCAUGCAGGUUGGAAGGGGACUCUGAUGGGUGUUGCUACGGCAACCGUGGAGGCCAUGGUGAUGGGAUUCGGGUGCAGAGUGAGUGACAUCAUGGUGGCGGUGGGACCCUCAGUGGGGCCGUGCUGCUUCACGCUGCUGAGAGAGCAAGCGCUGGACUUCAGCAGCAUUCAUCCAGACUGUGUCCCCGAUCCAGAAUCAGACAAACCGCACGUCAACAUCCGCCUCGCCAACAGGAUCCUCCUCCAGAACGCCGGGGUCCUGCCUGAACACAUCCACGACGACACGGUCACGGACCGGCCCCCGGUGACGCCCUGCACCUCCUGUCACCCGCAACACUUCUUCUCCCACGUUAGAGACGGGUCCAACUUCGGCACCCAGGCGGGUUUCCUGUGGAUCAGACAAACCGGGGAGGAGGCGAGGCCCUGAUCACAGACGUGGAUAGAUCGUGUUGGUCCAAUUUCUUUCUUUCUUCUCCAUCAUAGUACCUGCAGGUAAUUCAGAGACUCGGGGCUAUGAUUAAGGCAUGUUUAAUAAAAGCAGCUGUUGUUUCUGUUCUGCUGCUCAAAGCAGUUUUAGUUCAAUGUCUGAUAAAUUUAAGCCAUUUUAUUAAAGUUCUGGCUCAGUGGAUUUAAUAUGACAGACUAAUUGAGAUCAGCAGCUGUUUUUAAUGAUGUUCAAAGCCGACCACACAGUACAAGAGACUGGCUGUAGGCGAUUUCAUACCUGGACCACAAAGUCUGGCUUCAAUCUGGAUGCAUGGAAGUUGAAGCACAUGUGCAGCUCUGUAGACAGGUUGAGUCUAAAUAAACACAAGUUCACUGAAACUCAAUGUCAGAGUUUAUUGAAAAUAACAAACAACUAGUGCCUCUAGUCAGAAAUCUUCAUAAACAGGUAAAACAGGAUUAAAUCAAACUGAGCUGAGAGCAGCUGGCUAAAUAAUGACACUGGUCUCUGGGAGGGAAAUUAUCAUUUAUAAUCAAAAUUAUUUUGUUCAAUGCUCAACUUCUGACAAAAUCACAUUCCACAAAGAAACAUCCACAAGUUUCAAUAAAUAAAUGACUGGCUUCAGUCAUUUUGUGGCUUCUCUUCUUUUAAUGUCAGCAACUUUAAGGCCGGUUCCUUAGUGCAAACACAGGUCAUAUGAUGUGAAGUAAGGAGCAACAGAAGAGGUCCAGCCCAAGACAUAAACCAACAGUUCAUGGUUUCUCCUCUUUAUCAAUUGUUUCCUUGUUUUUUUCACUGCACAGCUGUUGAAAAUGAUGAAAGCACAGCACCCUUUUCUCUGCAGCUGUGAUUUAAAAUGAGCCACGUGAGGCGACGCAGUGAAAUUGCUUUAGCCUCAGUGCGAGACCUGAUGUGAGGCUUCCCACCCAUUCUACCACUGGUUCUGACAGCAGCCUGACACUCACCAACCACUUCAACGGCCCCAGCUGAUCGGUUGACAGUUUGGCCUGAAGGUGGUGCUACAAGUUAAAAGAGUUCAUUAUGUGAUGAUACAUCAAUAUUAAAAAGAGUUAAAAUGCAGAAGAGUCUGUCCAGCAGCUGUGGACUAGAACGCUCCCUUUGGGUUUUGUUGUCACUGUUGUGCCCACUGGCUCAGCUGGCUUCCUCUCCCAGCACGAUAGCAGAGCUGAUGAAGUGAAAGGUACUGUAACAGAGCAUGGUAUGAAGGAAGCUCGUCUACGUGCAAACUGAGUCUGAAACCCUGUAGGUAAAGCUGCAGCACAGUCAUAAAAGAAUCUCAAGUCGAUCUAUUUACUUUGGAAACAUGACAGCAGUGAACCCUGCAGGAUCAUCUCACGCAGUCCUGCCUAAAAAUGAACUUCAACAGAAAAAAACUCUCCUCAAAUCACUCACAUGCUUGUCUAAUUAAACCGGUCAUAUGAUCCUGCAGGACAAAAACAGUGGUCGUAUGUCAAGAUUAGUCAACAAGGUCUACAGUCCCUACAGUUCAUAGUCCCUCCUGGGUUGUGUUGAAUUUCAGAGAUUCCAGCUUUGACUGAUCUUCAUGAUCUCCGUCAGAAAACCUCUGAUCUGCUGUUCAGUCAAAAAGGAAGAAUGAAACGAUCCAUGAUAGUCCAGGACCCAAACAGACAGAACAAGCCCAUUGUUGGUCAAACAAACAAGCUCAUGUUAAAAAAACUGUUUCCAGGAAACUGGAGUGACACCUGAAACAUCCCGACUGACGUGAUGUCAACAGUCGUUUAUAAAAAGAACCUGAGGAGUAAAAGUGAAGGAGAAGAAACAAGGAUGAAGUUUGAGGGAAGAAGGAGAGGUAGGGAUGAUCUCUACAGACGAGUGUGUCCAGCUACCUCACUGUGAUAUUUUAUCAGCUGCAGUGGCAGAGCAGCAGUCCGGCCACUAGAGGGAGCAUGUUGAGCAGCAGGAGCCACAGAGUGACGGCCAGACCUGGAGAGCUGGAGCACGGGUCUGAAACGACACAGAGGUCAACAUCUGUCUGCAGUGUGUGUGUGUGUGUGUGUGUGUCACCAGCACUGACCUAUGGGGUCACUCCUGGAGGUGUUGGCUGGCAGGGGCUGUUGGUGGAACGGACAGUCGUCACAGAAGUCUGUGCACGCGGGGCAGAUCAGGACGCCGUUGUAGACCCAGUCGCUGACCCGCACACUGACGCUCAGCAGCUGCCCUGUCCGGACGCAGGGGAAGGACUGGUCCUGCACGUACACGACCAGGCCCAGAGCCGAGCACGACACCUGCAACACAUCCGUACACCAUGGAUUUGACUUAGAAGGCAGUGCUUCUGUUGGACCCUCUACAAUCAGUGCUGAUCUUAUGCUCCAGGUUUGAGAAGCUGAUAUGUUAAAUCAACACACAUCAGGUGUUUGUGGAGUCUCUACCACAAGUUCUCCAUACCCCACCUCAUCUCACCUUGUAGCAGCCGGAGCCCCAGUCAGGGUAAGUCAUCUUCCUGGUGCACUGCUCCAUGACGAAUGCUGACUUCUGGUACAGACACACAGAGUCCGGCCCAUACUGCUCAGCCCCAUAGUUCCUCCACCAGUCUGAUGACACGCAGAAACAAGGUGGUUCACCCAGAAUGACCUGGAACUGCAGGUUUCCACUUUACAAAGUAUUUUAAAUAUUUGGUUUCCUGCCAGUUUUGGAGGUUCUUUCUCCAGAGAUGAGCUCAUGAACGUCAGAGCUACAACCCCCGUGGACUGAUUCCCAACAUUUUUCGCUUCUACCAUGGAUUUACUGGCUAUUUUGACCCAGCAGGCGUGUAAGAAGGUGCAGCGCCGCAGGAGACGCGUGCUCAGGUGAACUGCUGCGUCUCCGGCGGCGCGGAUUAUGCACUGCGCUGCCCGGGAUAUUCUUUUCCAACGUGCGCUCACUUUGCAAUAAAACGGACAAACUGACCGUGCUACUCAACAAAAAGAGACUUUUCCACAUCCUGUGUUUUGUGUUUUACAGGAGACGUGGCCGAGUGGCCACGUACCGGACUAAGGACUACUACCGGACUACCUCACGCCUCAAAAACAGCUUCUUCCCAACUGCAGUCUAUUGAACAGUGCCCCAACUCCCCCCAGCUGACCCCCCCCAACCAAAGGACUAUCGCUGACACUUACAGACCCCACCAUCCCAGACCCUUGCACAUCCACUGUACAUAGUCUGUUGAUGACUUCAUUUUAAUUUAUCCUUAAUUGCACUAUUCAAGUUACCAUGUCAUGCUGUAUGUUGUACUGUUUGUACUUUAUUUAUGCUGAGAUGCACCACCUGCCAACUCCAAGUCAAACUCCUCGUUCUGUAAAGUGCUCUAUACAGGACCUGACAAUAAAGCUUUUCAGAAUCCGA